AAGUUGUGGAAGCUGACGAGGAUGAAGGUGGUGGCACUCGUUAGCGGCGGCAAAGACAGUUGCUAUGCCAUGAUGAAGUCUAUUCAAUAUGGCCACCAGAUUGUUGCAUUGGCGAAUUUGAUGCCGGUUGAUGAUUCAGUAGACGAGCUCGACAGUUACAUGUACCAAACUGUUGGGCAUCAAAUUAUCAUCAGCUUUGCUGAAUGCAUGGGAUUGCCACUGUUCAGGAGGAGAAUACAAGGAUCCUCAAGGCAUCAGGAGCUUGGUUACAAAACAACUCAAGGUGAUGAAGUCGAAGAUAUGUUUAUUUUGCUACGUGAAGUGAAAAGGCAGAUACCCUCAGUUACUGCAGUGUCUUCUGGAGCCAUUGCAUCCGACUAUCAGAGAUUGCGGGUGGAAAGUGUUUGUUCAAGGUUAGGCCUUGUUUCUCUGGCAUACUUAUGGAAACAAGAUCAGUCAUUGCUCCUCCAGGAAAUGAUUGCAAAUGGAAUUGUGGCUGUAACUGUGAAGGUAGCUGCCUUGGGUUUGGAUCCUGCAAAGCACUUGGGUAAAGAAAUAGCCUUCUUAAAUGCUUAUUUGCAUAAAUUGAAAGAGUUAUACGGAAUCAAUGUUUGUGGUGAAGGAGGGGAAUAUGAAACAUUAACUCUAGAUUGCCCCCUCUUUAUUAAUGCUCGCAUUGUGCUUGAUGAAUAUCAAAUUGUGUUGCAUUCUUCAAAUUCCAUAGCUCCUGUUGGAAUCCUUCAUCCCGUGGUAUUUCACUUGGAAAAUAAGGCAGACGAUCAGGCUUUAAAAUUACAAGACAAAAUACAUGAGGAUUCUAUACAGAAACAGGGAUCUGUGUUUGAAGUUCAAGACAGUCUAGAAAGAUGUGAAACCACAUGGAAGCCUGUGGAUUAUAGUGCUGAUCCAGUUGACGGCGUAGGACAUAAAUUUAACAUUUCAAGAACAAAUAACAAGUGCACAUUCUCCAUAUGUUGCUGGUUGCAAGAUUCAUGCAAUGGUUUGCAGGAAGAUUUGGAGAUUGUUUUGGGGAAAAUUGAAUCACAAUUAGCGGGCUUUGGUUUGGGCUGGGAGAAUGUCCUCUAUAUCCACCUUUACAUUGAUGACAUGAAUAAGUUCUCUGAGGCAAAUGAGACAUAUGUGAAGUUUAUAACACAGGAGAAGUGCCCAUUUGGUGUCCCAUCCCGUAGUACAGUUGAAAUGCCUCUGGUAGAAAUGGGUUUAAGCAGAGCAUACAUUGAAGUUCUGGUAGCAAACAAUAAAGAUAAAAAGGUUUUGCAUGUGCAGAGUAUUUCAUGUUGGGCACCUAGUUGCAUUGGGCCAUACAGCCAGGCAACCUUGCAUGAGGGUAUACUUCACAUGGCUGGUCAAUUGGGGCUUGACCCUCCUACAAUGAAUCUUUGCAAUGGAGGCCCUGGUGUUGAACUGGAACAAGCACUAAAAAACAGUGAAGCAGUCGCAAAAUGCUUUAAUUGUUCAAUAUCGACAUCUGCAAUCGUUUUCAUUGUUUACUGUUCUAAAUAUAUGUCAUCAUUGGAGAGACUUGAUGUUCAGGAGAAACAAGAAACAAUCCUUAGGCAGAUGAAGAUCUCCCAUUUACAGGAAGGAGACACUCACAAAGCUUUAAAUCCCAUGUUCCUUUAUGUCCUUGUUCCUGAUCUACCUAAAAGAGCAUGUGUAGAAGUAAAGCCUAUUCUUUUUGUUGAGGAUGGCACAGAGGUAGGAAUUGAGACCAUAACAGAAAGAUCUAGUUCAAAGACACCGUGUUAUUGGGGUUUCAAGCGGGAAAAUUGGCAUGAUUCUUGCAUUCAGAAAUGUGUGAUUUCUGGAAAGAUAUGUGCCUUUAUAUUGUCCAUUACAAGUGAGCUGGCUGCAAAGAUAUGUUUUGAUUCUCUGCCUGCUGAUUAUGUCAAUAAUGGUCAAUAUUCUCCAUCUAAGGCGCAUAUGGAGAAGUUAUCGAAGUUCUGCAUUUAUCUUCUUGACAAAGUUAUAACAGAUAAUGACUUUGCCUGGGAAGAUAUAAUGAGUUUGAGGUUCUACGUCCCGGCAAGCCUUCAAAUGUCAGUGGAGCUAUUGCAGCCUAUGCUCAGCAAUGCAUUUUUGGAACUUUCUGAAAUGAGUCAGAAGGAAGUUAAAAAUGGUGAGGAACCAAUCUUCAACAUAGUUCCUGUCAUAGGUGCUGGGAGGUCUGCUUCAUCCAUGGAUGAUGUAAUAACAUGCGAAUUACUGGCUCGGAAAUCCUGAGUUUAUAUGCUUUCUGAAAAUACUCUCAAGUGAUUGAGGGGGUGAAGGGGUGGUUCAGUUACUCUGCAGUUUACCAGCUGAUCUACAAGGUUUUUGAGGGAAAAAAAAACACCAUCACCACUAGCAACAUCAAAUGGAUUCACUGGAAUAGCUUGAUGAUUUGGACGGAGUGGGAUUAUACUCAUAUUUAAGUUGUUAAUGACUCAUUUGUGUAAAAAAAAGAGUUGGGGAAACUACGAUGAUCUUCCCCAAGAUUUGACAAAAUUUCAGGGCUGUUUUUUUACUUUUAAGAACUAUAUUUAACUCUGCAUUUUUUAGCCGUAUGGGAGGGUUGUACGGAGGAAGUGUAAUUUUAUUAAAAAUUACAUGGAUAUCAUUAUAAUUUCCUCGAAAGUAGGUUUAGGUUGUCCAUAUUAUUAUUGAA